AGCCAAACACUAUACUCUACCCUACGUAUACUGAGAAAACGUCCUCCGAAAACUACUAAGGAAACGACGGUCCUACGACAACUAUUGAGGAAACAACGAUAUUUAAACGCACAGAGACACGAGGUAAUGAUCACAUUCAGUAAACGGUGGUCACAAGUUACUGGUCUCUGACAGUCAGUUUUUUUGUCAAAAAAACUCCUCGAGUCCUUCUAUCGCGCGACGUUACGAGAUUGGUGCAUGAUGGCUGUUUUGGGGGUUACCGUGAUACUGUUCCUGGUGGCGCUGUGUCAGGGCUCACCAACCGAAGUACGACAAGGCACGGCGUACUACAACUUCUACGACGAGCUGGCGCAGAGCAUUUGUACGGCGGCGGCCGAGGGACCUUCGUUCGUCUUCGCCAUCCGUCGGACCUGCGGAGCCGACGUUCCGACUUGUGACGACAUCUGCACUUCCCAAAGAGACGCCAUGCGAGCAACUGUCCAUAACCAAGGAAGCACUUCAGCUUGUUUCGAUGCCCUCCAUGUGUACCAGAAUCGGCCGGUCCUCCAGCCCAACCCCGGAGUCCAGACGGAUGCUGGCGAAGUCGGCCUCGCCACCUACCGCUACUUCAGCGCCGGCUGUUCAGCUAACUACUGCGGUCCGAACUACUGUUGCUGUCUAGUUCGCUAGGAGACACCGAGUUACCUUACAUACCUGUUUUAGUUGGAGUCAACUCAAACUACUAUACGUUUUCUCUUCAGACUGUAGUGUAUAUUAAUCACAUUAUAUGCACAUUUCAAGCGAGUUUUAGUAUGUUGUAGCUUGUAGGUAAUGUGGUUUGUUAAAUGUUUAUCACAAGCAGUAGUGUUAACGUAAGCUGUUCAUGAAUGUACAAUUGAUGUAUAUUGAAUAAUAUUAUUGAUAUCAUUAAUAUUAUCAUAUUAUUUAUAUCAUUGAAUAAACUAUAUGACGUAUA